AUGUCCAAAAUUCACCAUCUCAUCCCCCCAACCUUCCACCAUCUUGCAUUCCCUAACUCAGGGGAUAGCAGAUCAUCUGAUCCAGCUGCCCAAGGCAGACACCUAGGAGUGAUCCCAGAGGCCACUCUUGUCCUUGCAGCCAACAUCCCAUCAAUCCUGUUGGCAUUAUUAGCCACAUUUCUCACAUCUAUUUAUCAAAAAAUAGAUUAUCAGAUGUCAACCCGCAUCUUCUCCAUUUCCACAGCCACCGCCUUCAUGCAACCUCUUUUCCUCUCCUCUGCACUCUGCACCUUUUGUUUUUCACCUGCCCCCUUUCCCUCCUCCAUGGAGUCAUCAGUGAUGGUCCUGGAAGCAUCUGUGAUCUCACAAUUUCCCUGCUCAAAAUUCCUCCCUUGUCUUGUGUACGUGGUUUAG